AUGUCUCUUGUCACGAGAACCGAUUCACCGACAAACCAUGCACGUGAAACUCAUGAACUCGUCGUCAAGACUGGCCAGAUCAGCAAACAGUUGAGAAGAUGUAAAAGUAAUCAAAAAAUAUGCACUCACCAACAAGAAGAAGGGGCUGAUCGCCGUCCAGCAGAGUUGCCAAAAGAUGCCGGGUUUGAAGCCAAGCAUCUGCUCAAUGUCUCGACUGAACCGUCGGAUGCCUAA